AGGAGUUGACCCGCCAUCAUCUCGUGAUCCACCAUUUCCUCUUGCUGUUCCUGCGUCAAAUAGUCUUGCUAACGCUUUGGUAGAUGCACCAUCUGGAUUCUCUAAAGGUAAUAAUCAUAAUGGUGGAUUGGGUUUUUCUGAUAUUAUUACUCCGGUCCAGGCCUCGAAGGAUUCAUCUAAAUCAUCCUAUCGAAGUAUGGUGGUUCAUGAAUCCUUCUCAGCGUUUAAUUCUUAUUCGGCGAGAAGGGCUCCUGAAAAGCUACCAGAUAGAGGUUUUGUUGAAGAUAAUGCUGAACUGAGGGACGGUAGGCGGUUAAUGAACUCACACAUUCACAGACAAUACAUAGAGUCACCAUACAAAGAUGCUAACUUUAGGGAUCCUCAUAAUAAUCACGUUCCAAAUUUUCAACGUCCUCUAUCUAGAAAGAACACAGCAGGAAGAAUGUCUGCUAGCAAGAGAGGGAGCUUUGAUGAUAGUCAGCUCCCGUUAGGAGAAAUGUCAAGUUAUGUGGAGGGACCCACCUCACUAGGUGAUGCAUUAAGUGAGGGUCUCGGUUCUAGUUCAGACUGGAAUGCUAGGGUUGCUGCAUUUAGCUAUGUCAGGUCUUUGCUACAGCAGGGGCCUAGAGGUAUUCCAGAAAUCAUUCAGAGCUUUGAGAAGGUUAUGAAAUUAUUUUUCCAGCACCUCGAUGAUCCCCAUCAUAAAGUUGCACAGGCUGCUCUGUCAACCCUUGCAGAUUUUAUUCCAGCUUGCAGAAAACCUUUUGAAAGUUACAUGGAGAGGAUUUUGCCCCAUGUUUUUUCACGGCUAAUUGAUCCCAAGGAAUCUGUGAGGCAGCCUUGCUCAAAUACAUUAGAAAUUGUAAGCAAAACAUACGGUAUCGACUCCCUUUUGCCAGCUUUGCUCCGUUCAUUGGAUGAACAGCGCUCUCCAAAGGCCAAACUUGCUGUAAUUGAGUUUGCAAUUGAAUCUCUUAACAAGCAUCCUUCGAAUUCUGAAGGUGCUGGAAAUAGUGGCAUCCUCAAGUUAUGGCUCGCAAAGUUAACACCAUUGGUCUAUGAUAAAAAUACCAAACUGAAAGAAGCGGCCAUUUCAUGCAUUGUAUCAGUGUACACUCACUUUGAUGGAACAGGGGUUUUGAAUUUUAUUCUUAGCUUAUCAGUUGAAGAACAAAAUUCCUUGAGGCGAGCGCUUAAACAAUAUACCCCUCGUAUAGAAGUGGAUUUGAUGAAUUUUCUGCAAAAUAAAAAAGAAAGGCAACGUUCCAAGUAUGAUCCAUAUGAUGUUACUGGAACAUCUUCGGAAGAAGGAUAUGCUGGAGCUUCAAAGAAAAGCCAUCUAUUUGGAAGGUAUUCUGCUGGUUCAGUUGAUAGUGAUGGUGCCAGAAAGUGGAACUCUGUUCCGGACUCUACCUAUAUAACUAGUUCUAUAGGUCACUCAUUGUCUGAUGAUACUCAAGACUUCUAUCAUGAUGUUGAAACUGGUUCCAACUCUGAUCUUCCUGUUUCAAAAGCCAAGGAACCAAAACUUUUGGCCCUUACUGCAAGUGAGAGUGAUGGAUUACGGGCUAAUCCACAGGAAAGCAAUGACAACAGCUUAAAUGCGGAGCACACUUCCAAAACCCUUCUGGAGGCUAAUGGCUUAGUUGACACGGAGCAUUUAGCUGCAGCUGUUGGAGCUGAUAAUGAAUCUGAUUUGGGACUUAAUCACCUGAAACUUUCUGCUCUGAAGAUAAACUCAACUCCAGCAACUGAACCAAGUAUUCCUCAGAUUCUUCAUUCG